AUGGGAGUCUGUUUGACUAUUGCUUGCUAUCUCAUUACUUUCUCGCCGUCAGCAGCAUUAUUCUGCCGGUUCAUCGCUAAGGAUUCUCUUCGAAUUAUUCUCUUUGUCCUAGGUGCCUUUCUCUGGUUAGCAUCAUUACUUCUAUGCUCCUUCAUUUGGUUAGCAAUGUCCAUGGUGUGGGAUGCCCUUCCUCUUGCUGUAGCAUGCUCAAUAAUAUUACAAGAUGCAGCACGAGUUUUCUAUUUCUGGCUGCUGAAGAAAGCACAAAGAGGCCUCAACAAGAUCACUGCUCCCGGUGCGUCUUCAAUAGCUCCGGGUGUUUCAGACCUCCAUAACGCUAGACACAUGCUCGCUUUGGUGUGCGGUCUUGGCAUGGGUGUGAUGGCCGCCCUGUUCUUAACUAUGAACGUGUUCGCUGAAUUUGCUGGUCCGGGUACAAUUGGUCUUCCACGAGCUCUCAAAGAAAAUAAACGCGACAAAUAUUACGCUGGACCCUAUCUCCCGCUCUACUACGCUCUAACAGGGUGCUUAGCUAGCUUGUUUGGCGUAGUGUGGACAAUAAUGAGCUGGUUCAACUCCGAAGGCUACCAACCAUUUGUCCUAUGCGCUCAGUUCAUCCUACUCAUUGGAUGUAUAUUAUAUUCACAGAUCAUUAUGGGUGCAACAUUCGAUUCAAUAGUUGAAGGUUGA